AUGAAGAAAACAAUUAGCUACACACAAUAUAAAAUAAAAAAUAGUGAUUCAAAUUAUUAUCUUUAUGAAUUAUAUAAAUCAGUUGAAAAUUGUAAAUCAGGAAAUUUAUUAUUUAAAUUAACUCAUAAAGCAUUAAAUUAUCAAAUACAUGACUUACAUAUCUGGAGAUUAAUAGAACAUAAAUUUUAUGAAUUACAAAAAGAAUUAACACCUAAAGAAAUAUCAUUAAUUAUUAAUUAUUUUAAACAAAUUAAAAUCAAUGAUAGUAAAAUAUAUGAAAAUAGUAUUGAUAUAAUACUUUCAUCCAUUGAUAAAUAUUCUAUUCACGAUUUAUCAUUAAUAUGUUUAUCUUUUACUUAUUUUAAUAAAAUCAAUACAAAUUUCAUGAAUAAACUAGCUGAUGCAAUAAUUAAAUUAUAUGAACGCGACAAAAAUAAUAUACAAAAUCUUAGUAAAAAAGAAUUAUAUAACAUUUUUAUUUCUUAUGUGCAUAUAAUUGGAUCCUAUAGCAAAAUAAAACAUAAAAAUAUUGAACUAUUUAAAAUAGCUUCUUUAUACAUUCAUUGCGCUUUAAAUUCUGAUAUAAAUAUACCCUCAAAAAUUAUUAUAAAAAUAAUAAAUUCUUAUACCAAUGUAAAAAUUAAACAUAGUAAACUAUUUGAUCUAAUUGCAAAACAAAUUCCAAUUCUUAAAAUCACAGAUGAAGAAUUAAAGAAUAUAAAAGAUAGUUUUGAGAAAUUAAAAUAUUCCGAUGAGACCCUCGAUAAAUAUAUCCAUUAUAGAUUGUCUUAA